UGAAAAUUGUGUGAAAAAUGAUGUCUGAUACGUUUAAUCAGAAGUUAUUUUAUAACACUGUGUUAUCGCAAACAUUCUCUCCGGAUGGAAAUUAUUUGGUUGCUGGAAAUAUUUAUGGAGAUGUAUCAAUUUUUGAGUUAUCAAAGGCUUUAGGGCCACACAAAGUGGAUGAAAAUGAAUUACAAGGUCCCAAUUAUCAUUUCACAGCCCAUCAAAGUCAACAGGUUCAGAGUAUGGUAUCCACAGAUAAUUUUCUAGUAACAGGAACAUGCGGUGAAAUAUGUGGGUGGUCUUGGAAAACGGUUACCUCGAGCAAAGCACAAAAAAAUAAAGCUUCUUGGACUAUUCAAAUUCCAGUUAAUAAGGACAGUUACGAAAAGCCAGAUGUAAAUUACUUGGUGUAUUCCAAACCAAAUCACCUCUUGUAUGCUGCAUGCGGCGACAACAAUAUUUAUGUAAUUAGUAUGGAAGAUGGUAAAAUCCUCAGGAAUUUACAAGGACAUUCAGACUAUAUUCAUUGUCUUUCCUUAAUGGGUAACCAAUUAGCUUCUUGUGCCGAGGAUGGGACAGUAAGAUUUUGGGACUUACGAAAGGAAGAAAUAACCAAUCAGUUGACUCCCUACAUGGUAAACAAGCUUGCACGACCAUGGAUAGGUAAAUGGAUUGGUGCUGUGGACAUAACAGAGGAUUGGAUGUUAUGCGGCGGUGGUCCAAAUUUGUCUUUGUGGCAUAUGCGUACAAUGGAAGUAGCGACCGUAUUUGAUCUUCCCGACGAAGGGAUCCACGUUGCAAGUAUUUACGAAGAACGCGUGAUAGCUGCCGGAGCAGCUUCCCACGUCUAUCAUCUUACGUAUCAAGGUGGAACGUUAGCCAAAGUGCCGACUUCCAGUAAUACAGUGUACAGUAUCGUUUAUCAAGUGACACCACAAAAGGUGCUCAGUGUAGCUGGUUCCUCGAACAAUCUUGACGUGUGUACAAACUUCAAUUACCGCGAACUAAUGUUAAAGUUUGCGUAGCGACGCAUUUAGCACUAGAAGAAUGAAAGUGUAUAUGGAGAGCGUUACGUAUAUAUAUUCUUUAAUAAAUAUAUUAAUACAAUGUGCAUUUUAUAAAAUAUAACAUAAGACUUUUUACAAAUAUACAACUUACUCAUCGA